AUGUCGAAAUCACGGAUUGAAUAUGAUUUAAUGCAAACAGUAAUUAAACCAGAACAGCAACAGGGGUAUUAUUUACAAGAUUUUACGAGUAUACCUGGUCCAGCUAGUUACAAUGAGAAGUUCACCAAGAUUGAUAAUGAAAAGCAUAUCAAAGAAGUAGAGGUAGUUGAAGGUGGAUACUUGGAUUUUGGAUUCAAGUUAUUUAGAGUUCGUUUUGAAGUUAUAGAGAAAGGUGAAGAUUCGAGCAUAAUCAAGUCUACACUAGAGUAUGAAGCUAAAGAAGAAGCUAAUGCUUCACUUGUUUCAAUCGAUCCAUUGGCUAACAUUGUACAAGUUGCUAAGAAUUAUCUGGGGAAGAAACAAGGCUGCAAAAGAUGCAAAAUAGUAACUAUCUACUUCAAAGUAAUACGAGAGUGA